AGAAACGUCGUCAUAAUUCAAAGUUCAUUCCGGUUAAGUUGACUGUUUUCGUUUUUCUUUCCUUGUGUGGUGGUCUCUGUGGAAAUUCCGAUAAUUGAAAUUUCCAUGUGCUUUCUCCGUGUGACAUCAAUACAAAAGCCAUUCAAAAUCGAAUCAGUAUUGGUUUAGAUUCACAAUUUCAAUUGAAAUAGAAUAUUUUCAUUCAAAAAUCCACUUUCAGUUUGACAGUCACAACAAGAGAAGACGAAAGAAAAAAAAACGAGUAAGCAUUGAAAAUCUAUCAUCAGCUGCAUUUACUCACCGUACAACUAUACGAAAUUCAGACGAUACUCGUGCUACUCAGAGUGUACACAGUUGUGUGAUUCAGUCUUGGAUCGUACGUUAAGCAGAACCAAAGAUAUUCACAUCAUAUUCAUAGGAUUUAAGACGAUAUUACGUCAAGAAUAAAAGUUGAAGGAAACAAAAAAAAAACAAAGUGGACUGAAAAUAUCAACAAUUGCUCAUAAUUUGUGUGUGUUCUAUAGCCAGCAGAGAAAAAAAAAAACAAAAUCAAAUUUGCUUAGUGUGGUACUUUAAUUCGUGUUUAUUGUUUGCAUACGAGAAUAUAUCACGCAUCAUUUUUAUCUUGAUGCAUAGAAACGCGUGACUUUCCGAAAACAACGGACAGACAGUGAAUCUCUUUGUAGGGACAAAGACAUUGACAAAGAAAUCGUUGAUAUUUUUUUUUGUGUGUUUUUCAUUUAUAAAAAUAAAACCUUUAUGCCCGUUGAAGUGAAUCUCAAAUCGUCGUAAUAAUUCGCGAGCAUUCAGGAUCGAAGAAGACACGAGAAAUUGUUAUCCAAGGUGAGCUUAACUUUAUUAAAUUAUACCAAAAAAAAGAGUGAGUGAUUCAAAUUGUUUGUGUGCAACUAUGAUUAAAUACGGUCUAUGAUCAAAUUGCUUAUUGGUCAGUUAUUUUAUUUGAUUCAAUUAAAAUAAUCGACAAAAACACGUAUCAUAAUAUAUUAAUGGAACAAAUCAUCGUAUAAUAUUGGUUUUGUUUUGACGACAUUCCGCCAAACGAAUAUUACGGAACAUUGCGCAAACGAGUGAAUGUUCUUUGAUAAGGACACACUUUAAUUAGAAAAAUGAAAAAUCUAUUAAUAGUAUUGACAUACAGAAGGAGAAAAGCGAAGAAAAAAAAAUGUGUCAAAUAUGCUCCACUGUAAAUGGCCCCAGUCAACAUUGAGAACGCCUAUAUUAGCUUAUCUGAUGAGCUGGCCGCCGGUUGUGUGUUGUUUUGCCACCGCAAAUAUUUUUUGUAUUGAGGCAUGUACUCAGUCCAUUUUGAUGACAACUUUGGCAUUUGAUUCAUCAAUUGAAUUACAUUGAAUAGAGAAAUAGUUUUGCAUUGAGACAAUAGACGUGAGAGACAGUUAAAUAAAAUGUGAUGACACACACUCACACCAUUUAAAGAAUUUUGCUUUGCCAAGAAACGAUUCCUCUGUUUCAAUUCAAGGUAUUUAUGAACUUACGUAGACACCAUAAAAUUCAAUUUUCCAUAGCUUGUGGUGUGAUUCAUUUCCAUUGAAAUUAAUAAUUUAUUGUUAUUUCAAAGACAGCCAAGCUGGAGAAGCAAAGCAUUAUCCUCCAAAUAAAACCAUGUGUAGCCUCACAAACUAGCGUGUGACAAUUUUUCCGUUGCAAGUGUUUGUUUCCAUUUUUUUUUUCUUUCUUCUUUUUACACUUCAAAUACGACAGAAAAAUAUCGUACGAUUCUAAUACAACGAAACAUUUUGUAGUGGUGUGGCGUGCAUGUGUGUGUUGAUGUGUCUGCUAUCGAACGGAGGGUAUCGUUGUAUGCAUGCAUCACACAUGGUGUAUAGAGCGCGAAAGAGUGAGAGGGGAAAAGGAAAUUAGAAGUCUAUUGAUCCCUGUUCACUGGUGCGCCAUGACGUAGCGCAUCACGCCACACCGUCGAAAACGUUACGCGAUGAAAUCUGAUUGGUUCAAAUAGCAAUUACACACGUACAUCAACAAACUCGUUUGAGUCAUCGAUGUGUUCGUACAUGUAUUACUCUGACACACAACUGUCUUCGAAUGUUUUUGCUGCUUCGCGUAUGUUAAAAACGCGACCGCAUAUAAUCGAUGUUUUGCUUUUUGUUAUUUUUACGCUUGAAUUUUUUUUCGUUGUUAAUAACAAUCAAAUAGGUGCAAUAAAGAUAAAUUGCAACUCUUUGCUCCCGAAAUUUCUUAUCAACACCACAUUUAUGAAUAUAGCCCACAUGUUCAACAGCAACAACCGCCAGACAACUCACACACGCAAACAAAAAUCCACAUCUGAUGCAUAUGUCUACAUCUAUAUAAAUCCCAUAAACAUGCAUAUACUUAUAACGAUCGCAUUGCCUAUGCUUGUCGUUGUAAAACAGUCGUACGAUUUUUAUGUGAACAUUGUACUUUGGAGCACAUCGCGUUAAUCUAUAUGCAUACACUUAACUGAAUGAAUGUCAGCAUAUAUGUGUGCGAGUGAUAAGUGUUGGUUUAUUAACAGUUUGGAUGAAAAACCGCGUGGCCUUACCGUUUGGCAUUUUAUCAUAACGGAAAAAAUAUCUACUCAAUACAAAUGCUCAUCUAAUUCAUUCGAUUCCAUUUGAUUCAAGCACUGUACGGUUUUUAUGUGGGCUUCAGAUAUCGAACACAGGCGUUGGUAUAAUUACAUGCUUCACGAGAAUUUUCUUUUCGAAUCGUUAGAUAUGUUUCAAAAAUCUCAUUGACUUUGUUUUUGCUUGACUUUUACUCUCCACUUUGCACGCCCAUUAAAAUUCCUCGACAAUUCCUGCUUCAGUCAAUCGCUUACUAUUAUUAAUUACGGAUUUCAAUUUCAAUAGUUCAUUGAAAGUAUUCAUUAACCAUUGAUACCACGCGAUUUGAUAAUAAACCGUAUGAGUCGUGUUUGAUUAUUGCUCGACGAUACCGGAGAGAGGUAGGUCAGUAUUUUAUGUGUUUAUCUUUUGUCAUAACAUCUAUGCGCAACCAAGUCAAUUUGCAUUUUUCGUUAACGUCUUUUGUCGGUGUUUAUUAAUAGCGAUAGGCACAAAAAACCUAAUAAAAUAGGUUCUACGUCUUCAAUCAGAAUCGAGUAGGAAAAUUGUUGAGAAAAGCAGAAAGUCUUUUGUAUUAGAACAGCUAUUGUAGUCUAUGAUUCUUUGAUUCAUAGUUUGGAUUUUUUUUGGCUUCGAAUAUGCCCACAUGGGAUCGCUUUUUAAAUGUUUUCUGGUGUGCAAACAGAAUUCUUUAUUGAAAUUUCAUUGGUUUUACAUAGAAUAAUGAAAAUUGGCCUUAAAACUUCAUUGAGAAUACGCCUGCAAUGGAUUUCACAAAAAGAUCACCAGUUUACUGGUCCAGUAUAAGAGUAAAUCAUUUUCAAAGGGGAAUUUUCGGCAAUUGUUCUUUCUGAUCUGGUAAAUUGAGUUAUUGUUAUUGCCUUCAAUGUGAUGGAUGCUUGUUGAUACCAGUAUACAAUUUACACAAUAAUACAGCCGUUCAAAUAUUAACUGUCCACUAGAGGCAAAAUAUAAUUUAUUUAAUACUGGUAGUCAAUAUUCAAAAUGUAUUUCAUUAUCAAUGAACUUGAAUUGUUCACGCUCAUGAGCCAUAAAAUCGUUUGUUGCUGUUGAAAAUCUCAAGACGCCAGUCCAAUUCAUACAAACAAAUUGUUUGUUUUGUUAAGAGCAUGCUUAAGAGUUGUGAUGCAUAUUUCGGAAUGCAUUCCUAUAAAUUUGACACUUUAAAUCACGACAAUCAAGUCUUCACAUCUAAUUCAGCCUAUUCGUUUUCAGUUUUUUUCUUCUUGAAUUUGGAAAUAAUAACUGUCUCCAGGCUAACAUUCAAAUACGCAUCCAAAUCAAGUGCAGCAAUUAUUCUCAACUAGUUCAUUUCUUUGCGACGUUUUUCAACCGUAUCAUAUUUUGAUAAUGAUCAACGUCAACGUUGUUUUUUUCAUUCAAAAUCCUCCUUUUGAUGCACCCUAUAAAAGAAUCGAAAGAAGAACAUGCUAGAAAUAAGAAGAAUGGGCGAAAGAAUAAAAGAAGAAGAAAAACAUAGAUCGCAAUUUCCAACAUGUGUGUGUUUGUGUUUGUGUUGUGUUGUGUUGUGUUGUGUUGUAUAGACUGCAAAGUUAUAUCAUAUGAAAACAUAUCGUAUGUAAAACAUCGUACGAUUCGAAAAUCUGUAUUUGCCAUGCGCGUGUACAUGCUUAUUUAAUGCCAUUCAUACUGGAAAAUAACAAAGAAUAGGGUGCAUCGAGGAAUGCCAAAAUAAAGAGGAGUAUUCAUCUGUGGCCACCGUGUCUAUGUAUGCGAUUCGAAAGUGGUUACGAUAUAAUAAUGAAAACUGAUGCAAAUGAGCCGCAUAUCAUGUACAUCUUACGCAACGAACCACUACAUAUGCAUAACUUAAGCCAAUAUAGGUGGUCACAUUUUCGUUUUCGUUUGAAUAACCUUCUUUAAAAGAAACAUAUUUACAAAUAGGUGUUUAGGCUAUGGUUUCGACGUGAACACCGUGAAAAUUUUCCAGGACAAUCGCCUUUCGAUGCCAUUCGAUAUGUACACCCUAAAAUAAAUUCAUUUCAACACAAAUGCAGUCAAAAGUCGAACCAUCAUCUUUGGCUGUGUUAUUUUAUCGUACGAUAUUUUCAAUACCAGCCAGCAAAGGGCCAAUACGUACUGUGAGCUCAAGAACCAAAUAGAACAGACAAUAUGUUCGUGGUAUAGAUUCAAGUAAACAAAACGAGAGCACACAACAUUCAAAACACCGCAUCACGCCAGUGUGAAAAUGUCAACUUUCUCGCCCUGUGAUCUUACGUUAUUGUCACAAAUUCGUUUGACUUCCGAAAAACGCGAUUGAAUCGCCACAUUCAAUGAAUUAUAAUAAUUUUUUCUGUGUUGAUAAAAUUGUUCACGGCAUUUUUCAGUGAAUUUACAAUUCAUACGUUUCCAUUCGCUACCCAUUUUGCGCUCAGAUAGGACAUAUAUUGAAAAAUAAUUAACGGUGUCAGUUUGUCGAGCGCAAGAAAUAUUAAAACGUAAGGUGAACGAGUUAAACGUAAAUUGAUAGAAACAGUAAGAGGAUAUAUUUAACUGAAUUAAAAUCAACUGAUCAAACUACAUUUCAACUUUCGGCAUAUUGAAGUGAGUAUCAUGUAACUGAUUUCUUUCGUUCAUUUUCAAUUUUUUUUCUUUAAAGCAAGUGGUUGUUUCCACCCAAAUGUACUGAUUCAAUGUUUAAUGACGUUACAAAUGCAUUUUGGGCAUGAUUUUUCUGAUUAAAUUCAAACUGAACGUUUGUUGAAAUCGAUGCACAAAAAGAUAUUAUAUUUUCUACACCAAGAAAAAUCGCAACUUCUUUGAAUGAAUUUUAUCAGUAUUCUGUCGUUUUGUUUGUGAAAUUAAAAGAAUAACAACAGAUAUUUGAUAUAUGUAUUCUGUGGCCAAAUAAAAUUUAAUCAAUCGUUGCUGUAAACGUUCAUUUGAAUCAGUGAUAGCAUUUAAUACUCGACAGUCGCGAUAUUGCUUUGCUUUGCUUUGCUUUACUUUUAAAGUCUUCAGUAAAAAUAUCAGAAUAUAGAGUAAAUGAGCUAAAAAUGUGAAAAUGUGAGGGAAAAAAGAAGAAAUAAAAACCGUGUUUUUGGUCUGUUCGGACUUAGAAUAUAAAUGGUCAACUAGAUAAAGCUAUAGUAAUCAAUUUAAUUGUAUGUUCAUGAAAUGUAAUCGCAUCAAGGUUGCAUUGAUACUAUUUGACAAACCGUCAAAAUACAGAGUAACGCAAUAAAAAUAAAUCGGUUACAAUUGACAUUUGGUGCGUGUUUGAAUAUAUUUAAACAAAAUAUAAAUAAACUUUUUAAUUCUAUGACACAAUGAGUUGUGUAAUGCGAAAUCAGCCGACAUUGACUAGAAUAUUCACUUGAAUUCAGACAUUUUUUGAAUAUCAAAUGUGAAAAAAGAACAAUUUUAAUCAAUGAAAACAAAAAUUGUUGUCGGUGCACAGAAAGAUAAAAUUGCAAAAGCUAUUACAUGAUAAUCAAACGAAAAUUGAUUCAAAUUUCACUGUUAUUUAUGAUGUUAUACGUCUUUCCCCCACCUUCGCUAGCUUUCUUAUCAUCAUUACAUUAGAUGCUCUCAUGAUAUGAUCAAGUUAAUGCAACCAGCGAAAUGAAAUAAAUCACUUGAGCCAAAGUCCAUUUCAUGAUUUAAGCUGAUUUACCCGCUGUUUAUGCGAUCAUACAAUUAUUUGCUCUUUGAUAUGUUUUUUCUCUCUCUCUCUCUCUCUCUCUCUCUCUCUCUCUUUCUCUCUCUCUCUCUCUCUCUCUCUCUCUCUCUCUCUCUUUUCGCCAUUGCCAUGAAAUUAGAUAAGUUAGAAAAAUUUAAUCCGAUCGAUGUAUCAACAACAAGCCAAAUUUUUAUUAGCUUCGUUAUUGUUGUGAAUAAUAGUGAAAUUGUGAUUUAAUUCGGCGAAUUCUUGAUUUACUUGGAAAUGGACGUCAAUAAAAAAAUGCCUUUAGAAUUAAAUGAGUAUAAACAUCUUCUGUGCGAUUUGGAUUCGGAUGUUGAAAGGAAAUUCAUUGGAAACAACAUUGAAGCAAAUCAUCAAAAGCAAAUCAAAACAAAUUGAACUUGCAACCGUGAUAUUCUAAUGUUAUGAUUAUAUUUUUUUAGUACUGUACAUGGGCAAAUGAUAUGAAAAUUGACUGAUAAUUACCAACAGAGAAAUUUACCAUUAAUUGGAUUUUAUAAUUUGAAACAAAAAAAUCAAUUUCCAUUGAGCUCAAAGAGUCCAAUUGCGUUCAUCGAUCACUACCGUGUUUAAAUUCUGAGUUGAAAGGACAUAAUCUUCGUCUGGCCACGAGGAGUAUUAAAGUGUGUAAAUUCCAAACACGCACAACGCAGUCAAUUCACUAGAAGAUUGUAUUAAACGGUUUUGGUUUUUUUCUCUGGACAACGUCACAACUGAACGACUCAAAGAUGUUCAUUGAAGAUGAUGAACAUAUGGAAAGCCUUUGGGUUCAAACAGCGAUCAGUGCAAUUCGCGUUAUUGCUUUCGUUUGUGAUGUGAUCACGUUUCCUGUAUACUUAGUCCUGCAACAACCAUGGAAACGGCGACAAUUAUCCAAACGGAUCAGAGCUAAACCCAUUUCGGCUGAUGACAAGCAAAUCACAUACCGAUCGGUAGAACCGCCACGUGAGAUUCACGUAAAAAUGGUGGCAGCGAAUAUUGAUACUCUGGAAAAGAUGUUGACUUAUGUGGCAAAAAUCCAUACAAACAAAAAAUGUCUGGGUACACGAGAAAUUCUGAGUGAAGAAGACGAAGUCCAACCGAAUGGUCGUGUUUUCAAAAAGUACAAUAUGGGAGAUUACAAAUGGCGCACGUUUACCGAUGUCGAGAACUCAGCAACCAACUUUGGACGUGGAAUACGCGAACUGGGCCAACAACCAUUGAAGAAUAUUGUCAUUUUUGCAGAGACUAGAGCUGAAUGGAUGAUUGCUGCACACGGAUGUUUCAAACAAAACAUUCCAAUUGUCACCAUUUACGCAACUCUUGGCGACGAGGGGGUUAUUCACGGUAUCAAUGAAACGGAGGCAACCAUUGUCAUUACAAGUCAUGAAUUGAUGCCUAAAUUCAAAACAUUGCUGGCUAAACUACCAAAAGUGCAAACGCUCGUUUAUAUGGAAGAUCAAUUGAAUAAAACGGAAACUGAAGGAUUCAAAGAAGGUGUUCGCAUUUUGUCAUUCAAUCAAGUGAUUCGCAUGGGCACCACCAGCAAAGCCGUCGCAACUCCACCAAACGCUGAAGAUAUUGCUAUUAUUAUGUACACGUCAGGAUCGACAGGAACACCCAAAGGAGUUUUGCUAUCACAUAAAAACUGUAUUGCAACACUUAAAGCUUUCUCAGACGUUAUCAAAGUCUAUCCUGAAGAUAUUCUCAUUGGAUUCUUACCGUUGGCUCAUGUUUUUGAACUUCUUGCUGAGAGCGUAUGUCUCUUGACCGGGGUACCAAUUGGAUAUUCAACACCCACCACUCUCAUUGACACAAGCAGCAAAAUUAUGCGAGGUAGUAGGGGUGAUGCUUCGGUGCUCAAGCCAACUUGUAUGACUACUGUACCGCUCAUUUUAGAUAGAAUAUCGAAAGGAAUUAACGACAAAGUCAAUAGCCAAGCACCAUUGCAGAAAGCUAUCUUCAAAUUUGCAUAUGAUUACAAAAAGAUCUGGACACAGCGAGGCUAUGAAACUCCAAUUUUGGACAAAUUGAUAUUCAAGAAAAUAUCGAAAUUGAUGGGCGGACGUGUUCGCGUUAUGUUGGCUGGCGGCGCUCCAUUAUCUCCAGAUACUCACGAACAAAUCAAACUGUGCUUGUGCACUGACGUCGUUCAAGGUUAUGGACUCACAGAAACCACAUCAGGGGCGACAGUCAUGGACGCUAAAGACAUACAAUUCGGCCGCGUGGGUGGACCAACUACGAUGUGUGACAUUCGACUAUGUACUUGGGAAGAGGGUGGCUAUCGUGUUACGAACAAACCACAUCCCCAAGGUGAAAUUAUCAUUGGAGGUGACAGUGUAUCGCGUGGAUACUAUAAAUUAGAGAGGAAAACUACAGAAGACUUUUUUGACGAGGACGGCCGCAGAUGGUUCAAGACCGGCGACAUUGGUGAAGUUCAUCCAGAUGGUGUGCUGAAGAUUAUUGAUCGCAAGAAAGAUUUGGUCAAAUUGCAAGCUGGUGAAUAUGUUUCAUUAGGCAAGGUUGAGGCUGAAUUGAAGACCUGUUCAGUUGUUGAAAAUAUUUGCGUAUACGGUGAUCCAUCGAAGCAAUUCACCGUGGCAUUAGUCGUACCAAAUCCCAAACACUUAAAAGAACUAGCUAUAAAACAAGGAGUACCCGAUGCCGAAUUCGAACAGUUGUGCUCAUCACCCGUCAUGGAGAAAGCAGUGAUAAAAGAGUUGGCUGAACAUGCACGCAAAUGUAAAUUACAAAAAUUUGAGGUUCCAGCCGCUGUAACGCUGUGCAAGGAAGUGUGGUCACCCGAUAUGGGUCUCGUGACAGCUGCAUUCAAACUCAAGCGAAAAGAUAUUCAAGAUCGCUAUCAACAUGAUAUCAAUCGAAUGUAUGCAUCAUGAACUUUGCACAUAGGUUAGAGGCUUUAGAACGUCAAAUAGACGAAAAUACGUCGAGAAUAAGUCUUAAAAAAUUGCAUAAAGAAUGGAAAAUAACAAUAUACACGUGAAAAGAAAACCGUCUCUCACAAACACACACAUACACAUAAAAUGUAUCACUAAAAUGUUGUUGUAUAGUUAUUUGCGAUUUAAAAAAAAAAAAACAAAAAAUGAAGAAAAAAUCGAAUUGAAAUUUGCUUAACAAAGAAAAUGAGGAACAGCUAUUGAAAACUUCCUGUGUACUGUUAGGAAACAAAAAAAUAAAAUAUAUUUAUUUAUAUUUAUUAUGCUUUAAUAUGAGAGGUGAACGACUUGGGGGGAAAUUGUUAUCACUUCUGAAGAUUUCUGGAAUGUAAUGGAUUCCAAAAUUAUAUGCAUGAUAUUGUAUUACAUUCAAACUUUUUUUUCCGAAUUGAUCUGAUUUGGAUAUAUUUGGCCCAGUUUCUAUAUAAUUGAGUCGUCGUCAGUGAAUCGUCUUGAUAUAUCUCUGCUUGCGACAUACAAACACACACACACACACACACAAAAUAUAAGUAGUAAAACAUUUUGAAAAAUGUUUUCAUUUGAAUGAUAAAAUGAACAAAUUCCCCAAUUAGACAUAUGAAUUGACGGCUUAUAUAGUAUAAAUGAAAAAUCAAUUUUCUGAUUAUUCUAACGUUAAAUGAAAUUAAAUGAUUAAUAAUUAAUGAACGAACGAAACGAGAUCACUCUUCGGUUUAUUCGUUCACAAUCAAAUCACUUAUACUAAUCACUCACAAAAGCAUCCAUGUACUGUCCCAAAGAAAACAAAAUGAAGAGCUAAUUAAACUUAAUUUAAAUUUUAAAUUUAAUUUUAUUGUUAAAUCCAAUUAUUGUUACAAUAGGUUUGUUUAGCAGGAAAUUCAAUAAAAAAAACACCCCAAAAA